GCUCAGAGUUGCAGGCAGAGCGAAGUGGGAAACAAAUCAAAGCACUAUUAACCUACUCGCAGUAAUGUUUUAAAUUGCGAUUUCUGCGAAUGGUUCUUAAAACAGGUGUCUGUGAAGGCUGCCUGGUUAAACUCAUAGUAAUAAUAAUAAUUUUCGGCUGUGUGGUGUUUGAACGAGAGACAGAAGUGCGCAAAUUACGCCUUUUAUCUAUUACUGCCCAUUAUGGACUAGUCGAAGCUCUUGAAUCAGGCUCUGCGUGGAAGAAAGUCAUGGCACUUGUACGAAGAAUACCAACUGAUAUUUUGCCAUGCCCUAUAAAAUACACAUCUAGGCACAUACACAUGGUUCAAGAUGCUGGUGAGAAGCAAAACCGAAGUUGUUCAGAAAUCUUCCUUGAAGAAUGGGGUUGCAGCGGUAGAAAACGACCUACACUUGCUGAUCUACUAACCUUACUGAAAAAGGCAGAAUUGUAUAAGGCAGCUGAUUAUGUUGCAAUCCAGCUUCUGAAAGAAUCCCGUCCAAGUAGACCAGUUUGUGGUCCAGCUGCUGAGGUAUUAGUUCCCACUGAGAUGUUAAAUGGGAAGUCUGCUGCUCCAACAGCUCCACCUGCCUCCAAUCCUAAUGAGAAUUACAGAAGUGGAUGGCCUGAAGUUGCCAAUAUACCGGUAGUUUCUUUGACGAUUGAUGACGAAACAGCUAAUGUUGAAUCUACCAAAAUUGAACAACAACUAGUAACAGUCCCUGUUGAGCAAAUUAAUAUAAACACGCCUGAACAUAUCCCUUAUAAGAAGUUACAGGCUAUAACAAAUAGUUUCGAUUGUAAUCCUGUUGGAGAAAAUAAUGGGAGGCUAUUGGGGAAAGGAGCCUUUGGUUCAGUGCAUUUAGCAAUCGAAGAUAAUAUUUUGACAGCUGUAAAACGUUUGAAUGUCGACAUUGUUGAUAUUGACCGACUUUUUCAGAAUGAACUAGAAGCUUUGUUAAGAGUUGAACAUUCCAAUCUGCUCCGUAUGGUUGCAUAUUCUAAAGAUGGACCAGAGAAGUGUCUUGUUUAUGAAUACAUGAGUCAAGGUGAUCUAGAAGAAAGACUUUCUUGCAAGGGAAGGUGGUCAAUUCCUCUGCCUUACUUGGUCAGAAUCAAGAUUGCUCUCGGCACAUCAAAUGGUCUUCAACAUUUGCACGAGUAUCGGGAUCCACCUCUUGUGCACAGAGAUGUUAAAAGUGCUAACAUUUUGCUUGACAAAGAUCUCAUUCCUAAGCUAGGAGAUUUUGGUCUCAUACGACUUGGUGAUUCCUCUGACGGAGACUCUUCAGCUAUUUUGGCAUCAACAGUAUUUGGUACUUCUGUAUAUAUGGCCCCAGAGGCCAUGCGAGGAGAAGUAACAGUAAAGAAUGAUGUUUUCAGUAUUGGAGUGGUCCUGUUAGAAUUGCUAACUGGUUUGUCACCCUAUGACGCUAAUGGAGAGGGGCUAGACUUGGUAACCCAUGUUAUGGAAAUGUGUGAUGGCCAUAGUCAAUCCAAUUACACACUACUAGAUGGCAAGGCUGGAAAUUGGACGUCAGAAGGAGGGAUUGAUUUAUCAAAACAACUUUUUUCUUUGGCACAAGACUGCCUGGAAGACAAGGACAGAAGACCUUUUAUGUCCACAGUUGUUCAAAGAUUACAAACUAUUAUAAACUCAUGAUUAUGAUCAAAGAUAUACUUUAAUAUUGAAUAAUAGCAUUUAUAUUUGUAAAAAAUAACAAGGGUAAAAAACUGAUGAAAUUACAAAACUGCAUAAACUUAAUAUUAACACAAUAGUUUUAGAAAAAUACAUUUCAGAUAAAUUGUG